GACACUUAGGGUGCACCUGUGUAGACUGCACCCAUGUCCACCUCUACUGUUCCCGCUAGAGAUCCUUCUCAUGUGGUGUGAAGACUACUACAGGCUGUGGGUGAAGUGCCUGAAAGUGGAGGGGAGUCCACAGAGAGCAAAGAAAACAAGAGGGAGAGGCAGAGGAGGCAGAGGGCCGGGCCACGCAGAGAAAGGGACCACUCAGCGACGAGACCCAGCGACGAGAGCAGAGCGCUCCAGCACGGCGCGGACAGCGGGGUGGCAGGGAGAGCCGAGGGGGCGCGGAGGCUGAGCGCCCAGCCCUCGGACCCCCAGAUCGCAGGAGGCGCCUAGAGUCACCGGGGCUUGGGACCGCACGGUCCGAGCGCACAUCGCACGCACCUCGGGGAUCCUGCGCGCACGGCAGCCGGCGAUGAGCGAGAGCAGCCGCCUCUGCUCGGGCUACUACAGCCUCAACCGCAGCUUCGUGGAGCCCUUCCAGUGCCCGCGGCGCGGCGACGGGGCCGCGCUGCUCUACUGCUGCGGCUUCGCAGACCUCAAGUACUGCUGCAGCGAGCCGGGCAGCUACUUCCCCUACAAGCACAGCUACAUGUGGAGCCUCAGCAUCGGAGCUCUGGUUGGACUGGGAAUCGCUGCCCUUGUUUUGCUCGCCUUCGUCAUCAGCGUCUGUGUCCUUUGCUACCUAUUUCUGUACACAAAACCUCAACGAUUAGACAACGGCCUCAAACUUCAGCACCUAGAGGCAGCUUCCACCCUAGAAGGCAACUUAAAUAGAAAAACCAAAGGCCUCAUUUCAAAUGCAGCAUCAAAUUCAACAAAUGAGAUAGUCUAUGAAGCCGAUGACGUAACUCAAGAAAAAACAAUGGAUACAACACAAAUCAAUAUUGCUUAUUAGCUAAAAUCCCUGUUUUAAAAGCUUACUGGAGAGAUGGAACAUUAAGAAUAAAGAAUGCUUUUUAUUUUAUUUGGCUUUUUGAGAAGGGUCUCUCUACAUAGUCUUGGCCAUCCUGGGACUCAUUAUGUGGACAGGGCUGGCCAGCUCACAGAGAUCUGCCUGCCUCUGACUUCUGAGUACUGGUAUUAAAGGUGUGUGCUACCACACCUGGCAAGAAUGCAUUUUCAAUCAGCUUCUAACAUUGCUUUUUCAAUAAUUGCCACUCACAAAGCAAGACCAGCUGCAGUUUUAAUUAGCUCAUUUAUUUAAACACUCUCUAAGGUUCUGGUAAAUGUUUUUGUGCAUAAGUCUACUUUGUCAAGUUUCUGUAUGACAUGAAACUAAUGCUAUUUCUUCAAAAUAAAGAGUUUAACAAUGACAGAAAGUGAACCAA